UGCAUAUUUUCGAAGUACUUUCUUUGCAAACAUGUCUACCUCGCAACGUAGCGAAGGUAUGAAUGCGCUUUCAAAAAUUUUUUUGGACUCUCACACCUCAGCAUAUAAAUUUGUAAUUCAGUUUGAAAAGAUAGUGUCAAGUAGAUACAAAAAGGAGGAUGAGGAAGAAUUUAAAAUGAAAGACGGGGAGGCUACUUUGUGGACCUUGGAUCCAAUUGAAGAGCGAGCUCGUGAAGUAUACACAAAAAAGGUUUUUGCCGACUUUAGAGACCAGUUGAAGGUACUCACAGGUUAUAGAUUUGUUGAAGUAGAGAAAAACACAUUCAAAGUAUUCUCUAUAGAAAAACCUUCUAUCUCCAAACAACGAAUUUAUUCUUAUAUAGUUAUUGUUGACAAAGAUGAGGAUAUAGUGUCUUGCAAUUGUAAAAUGUUCGAAUUUGCAGGGAUAUUGUGUGCUCAUGCUCUCAAAGUCAUGCAUUUUAUAGGAAUACAUUACAUUUCGAAAAAAUAUAUCUUGAAAAGAUGGACAAAAGAAGCUAAAAGUGGCACAGUACUUGAUAGUGUGGGAAUUGUAGCAGUUGGUGAAUCAUCCAACAAUCAAGCACAAUGGCUUCAAGCAGUUAGCUUACAAUGUCAAAAAUUCAUAUAUGAAACUACAAAGAAUUAUAAGGCAUAUACUAUGGGAACAGAAAAGUUGAAAUCGAUUAUUGAAGAACUUUCAACAAUUAACCAAGAACCUGAAAGUCAAAAAGGAUCAAAAUCUGAUUUGAAUCCUAGUCAUCAACAGAUUUUCAUUUCACAAACAAGUCAUGUAAAUGCUAAUUCAGAAAAACAGAUUGUAAAAGAUCCGCCACAAUCACAGUGCAAAGGAAAAGGAAAGCCUCAACGACUUAAGCCACCUGCCGAAAAGAAUGCCAAGAAGUCACGAACUUGUGCAAAUUGUCAAAAGAAAGGCCAUAACAUCAAAACUUGCAAAGAGUUACCAAAGAACGUGGCAAAUUUUGUACUAGAUUCAAGUGAUAGCUAUAAAGAGAGUAAAGGAACUUCAUGAGGAAAAGAAGCUGUGAUCAGACCAUCAGAACAUGCAGAAGAGUCGCAAGGUCGAGUGUUCUGUGGUGGGAGUUCGCAGAGUUUCUCUAGGAGGCUUGAAGAUACUAAUGAAGCUUCAUCCAUCAUAAUCAAAGCUAUUGAACUUUUAAGUCCAAGAUAACGAAUACCUAAAAUAUGUAUAGUAUUUAUAUUUUGUUUUGGAAACCAGAUAUCAUUGUGAUGAGAAGUAAUAGUUAGACGAGAAAAGAGAUGAUGUAUGAGGUUUCGGCUCAUUUGGAGUAACUAUGUCUGGAUAGGCUCUAUAACUCUGUAAUGUUUGUAAUUUGGCUGUGAGCCUGUUAAAAUGUUUCACAUCCUAGGUGAUUUUUGAUUAUGUAAAUUGUAUCUGAUCAUAUAGUUUUCUUAGAUGCUACAUCUAUAGUAG